AUGAAAACCGGAGCCAAGCAGAUCUCGUGCUCGCGACUGCUCCGAGGCUUUGUCAACAUCGACCACGGUGGCUCAGCAGGCUCUACUCUACCACUAUACCUUUGUCCGGCCGCGGCUAGGUGCCAAACCUUGGAUAGGUCGGGCCAUGCGACAACAACAACAGGUGCCCGAGGGCAGCGACUCCAGCCACUGCGCCAGACCAGAAGGCUGCACUUGACCAGUCGGCCAACCACGGAUGACGGACCCCGUCAUGUCACUCCAGUCCGAACACUGCCAGUGCAGUGUGCUGGCUGCGGUGCUCUCUCACAGACGGCCGUCCCAGACCAGCCGGGAUAUUUCAACAUAGAUAGGAGGGCCGUCAGGACUUACUUGGGCCUCGUGAAGGACGAGCAGCGUCCAAGCAGCGAAGAUGCGGUCCUCCAAGACGCACUGCAGAACCGUGGUGAACUACUGGAGCAACUCGGCCUCGCGAAUGUCUCACUGCCACAGCGUCCUCGGCCUGAGAGCAGCGAGGCGCCUGAAGUGCCCUUCUGUGACCGCUGCCACAACCUCAUCCAUCACCACACCGGAACCCCCAUCUACCACCCCACCAUGGAGGCUAUCCGCGAGACCAUCCAGGAGUCACCGUAUAAGUACAACCAUGUCUACCACGUUCUUGACGCCGCCGACUUCCCCAUGUCGCUCCUACCUCAGAUCCACCAGCUGCUCGACCUGAUGCCGCUGCGCACCAAGAACCGUCGCUCGCAACCCGGCAAGUUCUUCAAGGGCAAGAAGACGGAGAUGAGCUUCAUCAUAACCAGGUCCGACCUCUUGGCGCCCAAGAAGGAGCAGGUGGACAGGCUCAUGCCAACCCUGGUCGAAAUCCUGCGACAGGCGCUGCCGCGUGCCUCGAGGCAUGUGAGGCUGGGCAACGUGAGGUGCGUGAGUGCCAAGCGGAGCUGGUGGACCAAGGAGAUCAAGGAGGACAUCUGGAAGCGAGGAGGUGCCGGGUGGAUGGUGGGGAAGGUCAACGUCGGCAAGAGCCAGCUGUUCGAUGCCGUUUUCCCAAAAGGCCGCAUGGACUGGAAACAAUCUAAGCACGACAUCUCCGUGGCUGUACAACCUCGGGACGAGAACGCUCCUGCACCAGCAAUCGAUCCCGAGCAAGACGUCAAGAAAGCUGUGCUACCAGAGCUACCGGACAUUGACGAACUUGGCGAUGAUUCUUUGCUGCCACCGCCACAGGAAGAGACGAAUUUCCCUCGGAUGCCGGUCGUUUCAGCGUUGCCGGGGACCACCGCGUCUCCUAUUCGGGUCCCCUUCGGCGGGGGGAAGGGCGAGCUCAUCGACCUGCCUGGGCUCGAGCGCAGCGAACUGGAGAACUGGGUCAGAGAAGAGCACCGGCCCUCGCUUGUCAUGAAGGCGCGUGCAAGCCCCGAGCAGCAUGUCGUCAAGCCCGGACAGUCGCUUCUAAUUGGCGGUUUCAUCAGGAUCACACCUCGCACUCCGGACCUCAUCUUCCUUGCCUAUGCGUUUACACCAAUAGAACCACACCUGACGGCAACGGAAAAAGCAAUCGAGAUACAAAAGCAGACGUCCGGUAUCAAUGCUACCAACAUAUCUGUCCCAGGAACUGGGGAGAAAAUCAGGCACGCCGGGUCGUUCAAAUUGCAGUGGGACGUCACCAAGAAACGCGCUGGCCCGAUCACAAGGAAAGACGCUGUUGGACUCAAGGUUGACCGUCUCCCAUAUCGUGUGCUAUCGCUUGACAUACUCAUCGAGGGGUGUGGCUGGGUCGAGAUCACUGCACAGGUCCGGGCUAAGCACCUGUUCUCCCCUCCACCCUCUACGACCUCCAAGUCGUCUUCCAAGAAGUCCAUAAUGGUGGGCGGGGAAGAAAUCCUGCAGGAACUGGACUUGUCGGAGCCAUGUGUGGAAGAGGAGAAGCCUCGGAACGCAGAAUCGGGAGAGUCGGAGCCCAACUGGCCGGUUGUGGAUGUCUUUUCUCCAGAGGGACGCUACAUCGGAUGCCGACCACCCCUGAAUUCGUGGCUGUAUAACAAGGUCCGCAAGACUGCCGAGACCAGUAAGAAACGGCCGCGGAAGAGCAUGACUGGAGCAAAGAGAAGGGGUAAGGACAUGGGAAAAGCCAGCUCUGCUGAGGGCUCUGCUGUGGCAUUCUAG